AUGUUGUGUUUCCGGAAUGGUGCUCGGUUGACUGUUGAACUCAAACGCUUCUUACAGGGAGAUGAUGUUGUGGAGGAUGGGGUUGUGGAUGUUUCGCUGAACAGUGUCAGUGAUGUUGGUGAGCUUGCUUUUCUGCUUGAGCUCCCGAUCAAGUGGCAGGGGCGUCGCGACGAUAGAGAUGGUGGAAGACAUUGUAAAAAGCACGCCUUAAUACUAUUGUUUUCCCAAUUCAGGUACCGCGAUAAGCAGAUUUCAGUGAGCGAUAUAAAGCAACAACGGGUAAAUAAGGUUUAUACAUCAGAGUCAUGCAAGGACAACUUUAAUGAGAUGCGAUAUCACUGGCACUCUCUAGACUUUCUGUGGUAG